UUUUGGAAGCGCACGCGCCGCUCGAUUUUUGAUUUCCGCCAUUUUUAUAAUUUAUUUGUUGUUGACUUGAGUGUAUGUGUGUAGUAAGGUGCAACAAAAUUUAAAAAUAGAAAAUUUUCGAUUAUGGAAUCCCUCGAAUAGGCCCGAAAAAAGGAAUUCCAGCAGCGAGCGAUUUUUACGAAAAAAAUGAAAUUGCGGAAGUUGUCCUGAUAAGUUGUGAUACAAAGUAACAGUACAAAAAUAAAAAGGAAAAAAUAGAAAUGGGGGCUUUUUUAGAUAAACCAAAAACAGACAAGUUCCAGGAAUCUGGAGAAGGCAAUGGACUCAGGUAUGGAGUGGCCAGUAUGCAAGGCUGGCGCGUCGAGAUGGAGGACGCGCACACAGCCAGGUGCGCAGGUCUCGACGACGAGCGACUGCGCGAUUGGUCAUAUUUCGCCGUUUUUGAUGGUCACGCAGGCGCACGCGUUUCUGCGCAUUGCGCUGACCACUUGCUCGACGCCAUCGUCGCCCAAGAAGAAUUCGGAGAGGACGUUAUUAAAGGAAUCAGACAAGGAUUUUUAGAUUUAGACGACAAGAUGCGCAGCCUACCCGAAAUGUCAUCGGGCGAAGACAAAUCGGGCACAACGGCCGUUUGCGCUUUCGUUUCUCCGAAAGGGCUCUUCAUAGCCAAUUGCGGCGAUUCUCGCGCGGUCCUUUGCCGGAACGGCAAUCCCGUUUUCAGCACCCAAGAUCACAAACCGGCCCUGCCUUCUGAAAGAGAUCGAAUCGUUAAAGCUGGCGGCAGCGUCAUGAUACAAAGAGUAAAUGGUAGUUUGGCAGUGAGUCGAGCCCUGGGCGACUUCGAAUACAAAAACGUAAAAGGUCGAGGCCCUUGCGAGCAACUCGUCUCACCUGAACCGGAGAUUUUCGUCCAGGACCGAGACGAAAGGCUGGACGAGUUCCUGGUCCUCGCCUGCGACGGAAUCUGGGACGUUAUGAGUAACGAAGAUCUUUGCUCGUACGUCCGAAGUCGGCUUCAGAUCACCGACAACUUGACGGAGGUUACUGGACAAGUUAUCGAUACUUGUCUUUAUAAGGGCAGCCGCGACAAUAUGUCCAUUGUGUUGGUGGUGUUUCCCGGAGCUCCCAGGCCUUAUCCCGAGGCCCUGCAAGCGGAAAAGAACCUCGAUGCAACGCUGGAACGCAGAGUUAAAGAAAUCGUUGAAGAAAACGGUCACGUUGACUUUUCACAAUUACUUUUUAAGCUCGACUCUUUAGAGAUUGAGGGUUUGCCACCCGGAGGAGGGUUAGCUUCUAAGCGAGCACUUAUUGAACAAAUGUACAAAAAACUGUUACCAGAUCGAGUCGAUACAGAAUUGGACUCGUUGAGCUAUUAAAAAAAAAUAAGGAAGGACCGGCAAUAUUUUUGUAUAGUAUUUUUUAAAGAACGGACUUAAAUCAAUUUACUAAUAUUAAUCGAAGAAAUUAUAUCAUUGUCAUUUGAGUAUUAUCAAAAAAAGAAAAAUUAGCUAGUGAAUUUUAAAAAACUUGCAGGAUCAAUAUAGCAACCAUAGCAAUAUAUUGUAAGGAUUUUGUGUUUUUUUUUUUCAAUGAGUUGCAUUGAUUCUACAAGUUUAGUCUUGCUGUAUUUUUACGAGUUUUAAGUCUGUUAUUUUGUAGAUUGAAGAUUGGGGGGCUGACAACUUUUAUUUUCAACAUUUUGGCAGCCCUUUGUUGUUUUUGAACGAUACCAAAAAAGUUAUUUUUUGAUUGUUACUUGAAUAUUUUUUCUUAUUAGGCCCAGUUAAUUUAGAUGUUUUUCCCCAAAUAUUCUUAAUUAGCUGAGCUAUUGACAAUGAAUUCAGUUCAUCAACUAACUAUUAAGUUGUUUAUAGCUAUUAUUUUUUUGUUCUUAGUUGGUGUAUUGUUUUUUUUUAAAUUAUUGUAUGUUUGAAGCACAAAGUUUAGAUCGUUUUUGUCGAGUUUUUUUUUUAUAUAUAUUUUUCUGCUCACAAUUUUUCUAGUCAAUAUUUGACAAUAACUUAUUUUUUAUUUUGGAAUACAAAUAUCUAUUUUCGGGACCGUCUUUCUGUCAUUUAGUUUAUAUUUUAAAAAAAAUGCAUGUAAAAUAAGCUAUAGCGGAAGGACUUGUAUUGGAAAUCAGAGGCCCAAGGAACUAAAAUUGCAUUUUACGUAUGAUUAUGAAAUGUUAUAUGUAUUUAACCAUCUAUUGAUUUAAUUGAACAAGUUUGGAAAAAUUUACGUGAGAACAAACCCAUGAUGAUUUAAAGAUAUAAAGACUUUUUUCUUCAUAUUGUACAGUAAAUUUAUUGUAAUAGUUUUCAUUCAUUAGCUGUACUAGUCUGUUGGAAAAUUCUAUUUUUUAACUAAGUAUAUCAUUAUAAUUAAUGUAAAAUAAUAUAUAAAAAAAAAUCAGAAUGUGUGUGUGCUGUGUAAUUAUUAUAAAAUAGAAAAACUCUUGAGUAAAAUUAUUUAAAUAAAUUAAUAUGAGUUUUAUUGCCUCGUAAAAAAUCAAGUGUAUUACAAAAAUAAAAAACAUUCAACUGCAAGAAAAAAAUCUUAAGUGAGUUUCAAUAUUUGGUCGACUGUUUCGGCUAAAGCGGGCAUGGAAAAUCUAUUUCCGAGCUCCAAAAACGUCUCUAGAAGUUUAAUCAACUCUUUUCUGGAAACUAGACAUCGGAAACCGGAGGCGCACUGGCAAUGCUUUGUAAGAUUCUCCAUUUUAAU